CUAGAAUCGGCUCUGGACUUGGAAUCAUUGAAAUUGACGUUUGGAAUUGCUCUAAACUUGGAAUUGUUGAAAUUGUGGCUGGAUACGUUCAAUGGCCAAUUGAAUUGUUACUAGACAUGGAUGGACUUGAUGGGCGCGACUUAUAUAG